AAGUAUAUUUUACUAUGGACAUCGCCUCAUAAAGUUCCAUUUGUAUACAUGGGAGCCGGCCAACAAGGUUUCAUUGAUAGAAAAUGCCCAAAUACCAAAUGUUUUGUAACAGAAAAUAGAACAUAUUUAAGAGACUACACGAAUUUCGACGUUAUCGCUUUUGCUGGACCAGAAGUUGUUAAUAUGGGAUUAUAUGAUUUGCCUAAAAGAAGAUCAUCCCAUCAAAAGUUUACAUUUGCAUCAAUAGAAUCGGCUGACAACUAUCCAAUAUGUUCAGAUGCUUUAAACAAUUUCUUCAACUGGACCUGGACAUACAAACUAGAUUCGGAAGCCAAAUGGGGAUAUAUAGUAGUAAGGGAUUCCGAAAAUAGAAUAGUGGGACCGAAACAAGACAUGCACUGGAUAAAAUUACCAAAUAUGGCACCAGUUAGUGAAGAUGUAAAAGGGAUAUUACGAAAUAAAUCAAAAGCUGCCGCUUGGUUCGUAUCAAACUGCUUUUCGAAAAGUGGAAGAGAAAAUUUCGUAAAAAAAUUAUCGAUUGAAUUAAUCAAAUAUGACUUGGACAUUGAUAUUUAUGGGAAUUGUGGAAUAUUGGAAUGCUCGCGUGAUGAAGAAGAAAAAUGUAACAAACUAAUUGAAACUGAUUACUAUUUCUAUUUGUCGUUUGAGAAUUCCUUCUCCGAGGACUAUGUUACUGAAAAAUUAUUGUACCCUUUAAAACACUAUGCAGUGCCAAUUGUUUAUGGAGGUGCUAAUUAUACUAGGUUUAUGCCAGACGGUAUAUAUCUGAAUGCCUUAGAGUUAGGAACCAAAAAAUUAGCGAAAAAAAUGAAAGAACUCAUAGAAAACCCGGAAAAAUAUGCAGAAUACUUUAAAUGGAAAAAUCAUUACUCCUACUAUAGAAGAAGUGAAAGUGUAGAAACGGAUGAUUAUUGCAGAUUUUGCUCCAUGCUUUAUGAAGAUGAUCUUGUGAAAACGACUUCUGUUUAUAAAAACUUUAAGGAAUGGUGGACACCUCCGAACACAUGCUAA